AUGCAGCGAUCAGGGUCUCAAUCAGAGCGGCUGGGUGGUGGAGCUGGCAGCGUGGCUUUUAUUCCGAAGAGUUCAGCAUCGGAACACAGCAUGUCAACUGGUGUGUCGGGGAGCAGCAGCGGCGGCACGCUGCCGCGCACACUCAGCACAAGCGUACUAAGGAUUAAAAACAGAUCCACGUUCUGGGAGAAAUUCUGGGACGAACGUACCCGCCGCGAUGCUCACGGGGAAGACUUGAUCGUGACGCCCUUCGCGCAGGUCCUGGCGAGCCUGCGCAGUGUUCGCAACAACUUCUUGUGUCUCACCAACGUGCCAGUCUCCAAAUCUCGAAGAUCUUCAGGCGUAGCUACUGCUGUCACUCCGCAGCCGAAAAACCUGAAUCCUGGAGAUGAAGCCUAUAUGAAGCUAGCCUUAGAAACUGUGGAGGAGCUAGACUGGUGCUUGGACCAGCUGGAGACAAUACAAACACACCGAUCCGUGUCUGAUAUGGCUUCGCUUAAGUUCAAGCGCAUGCUGAACAAGGAGCUGAGCCACUUCUCGGAGUCCAGCAAGUCUGGCAACCAGAUCUCGGAGUACAUCUGCUCAACGUUUUUGGAUAAACAGCAAGAACUUGAUAUACCAUCCUUACAAGUUGAAGAGAAUACAGAGCGCUCCAAGAAAAAGGAAAAACCACGUCAUGCUGGACCAGGCACCACCAUGUCACAAAUAUCCGGUGUUAAACGGGCAUUGACCCAUACAAACAGCUUCACUGGAGAACGAGUGCCCAGAUACGGAGUAGAAACGCUUCACGAGGAAGAACUGGGCCGGCAGCUUGGCGAACUAGAACGAUGGGGCGUUGAUAUCUUCCGCAUCGGAGACUUGUCAUGCGGUCGGCCUCUCACUGCUGUUGCCUAUGCAGCUUUCACAUCCAGAGAGCUAUUGGGAACUCUGCAGGUACCGGCACGUACCUUCCUCGCCUUUGCUGUCACCCUCGAGGAGCAUUACUGCCGCGACAACCCGUUCCAUAACUCACUGCACGCCGCUGACGUUACUCAAUCAACUCACGUUCUACUUAAUACCCCAGCACUAGAUGCCGUAUUCACACCGAUAGAGACAUGCGCCGCUUUAUUCGCAGCGUGCGUACAUGACGUUGAUCAUCCUGGGCUUACCAAUCAAUUUCUGGUUAACUCAAGCUCAGAGCUCGCAUUAAUGUACAACGACGAGUCCGUUUUAGAAAACCACCAUCUGGCUGUAGCAUUCAAACUUCUUCAAAACGAAGGCUGCGACAUCUUUAUUAAUCUACAUAAGAAACAAAGACAGACACUCCGAAAAAUGGUCAUAGAUAUGGUGCUCUCAACGGAUAUGUCAAAACAUAUGAGUCUGUUGGCGGACCUGAAGACUAUGGUGGAAACCAAGAAGGUAGCUGGAAGCGGCGUGCUAUUACUAGAUAAUUAUACCGAUCGAAUACAGGUGUUGGAGAAUCUCGUGCAUUGUGCCGAUCUGAGCAAUCCUACAAAACCUCUGCCCCUUUACAAGCGAUGGGUAGCUUUACUAAUGGAAGAAUUCUUCCAACAAGGAGACCGUGAGAGAGAACACGGAAUGGACAUAAGCCCCAUGUGCGACAGGCACAACGCCACGAUAGAAAAAUCUCAGGUCGGCUUUAUCGACUAUAUCGUACAUCCGUUAUGGGAGACAUGGGCGGACCUCGUACAUCCCGACGCUCAAGAUAUAUUAGACACUCUAGAGGAGAACCGUGAUUACUACCAAAGUAUGAUACCACCGUCACCUCCACCAGCGCCUAUUCAGACAUCGCACUCAGGCCAAGACGAUGACCGCCCAGAGCAGAUACGUUUUCAAGUAACACUAGAAGAGGGUGAAGGCUCUGAAGAGUGCGAAGGUGAAGGCGAUGGUGGGAUGUGA